AUGGAAAUACACUGUAAGCACGACCCGUUUGCAUCCAUGCAUAGACAUGGAGGAGUGAAUCAGCUUGGGGGGGUUUUUGUGAAUGGACGGCCACUCCCAGAUGUAGUCCGCCAAAGGAUAGUGGAACUUGCCCAUCAAGGUGUCAGGCCCUGCGACAUCUCCAGGCAGCUUCGGGUCAGCCAUGGUUGUGUCAGCAAAAUUCUUGGCAGGUAUUAUGAGACAGGAAGCAUCAAGCCGGGGGUGAUUGGAGGAUCCAAACCAAAGGUUGCCACUCCCAAAGUGGUGGAAAAAAUCGCUGAGUACAAACGCCAAAAUCCUACCAUGUUUGCCUGGGAGAUCAGGGACCGGCUGCUGGCAGAGCGAGUCUGUGAUAAUGACACAGUGCCCAGUGUCAGCUCCAUCAACAGGAUCAUCCGGACAAAAGUACAGCAGCCCCCCAAUCAGCCGGUCCCAGCUUCCAUGAGCACCUUUGUCACAGGCCGGCACCCCUCUCCUUCUACAGUGUCUACAGGCUCCGUGACCCAGGUGUCGUCGGUGAGCACCGACUCUGCAGGCUCCUCAUACUCCAUCAGUGGCAUCCUGGGCAUCACAUCUCCCAGUGCUGACACCAACAAGCGCAAGAGGGAUGAAGUUGAAUGUUACACAGACUCUAUCCACACUCGUGGGUCAGGAGGACUAGCUGUCUUCUGGAAACUGAGAUGUAUUCAGGAGUCUCCAGUGCCGAAUGGCCACUCACUUCCAGGCCGAGACUUCCUCCGGAAGCAGAUGCGGGGAGACCUCUUCACACAGCAGCAGCUGGAGGUGCUGGACCGUGUGUUUGAGAGACAGCACUACUCGGACAUCUUCACCACCACGGAACCCAUCAAACCAGAGCAGACCACAGAGUAUUCAGCCAUGGCUUCACUGGCUGGAGGCCUGGAUGACAUGAAAGCCAACUUGACAAGCCCCACCCCCGCUGACAUCGGGAGCAGUGUUCCAGGCCCGCAGUCCUACCCCAUUGUCACAGGCCGAGACUUGGCAAGCACAACCCUCCCGGGGUACCCUCCACACGUCCCCCCCGCUGGACAGGGCAGCUACUCUGCACCGACGCUGACAGGGAUGGUGCCUGGGAGUGAAUUUUCUGGGAGUCCCUACAGCCACCCUCAGUAUUCCUCUUACAACGAUUCGUGGAGGUUCCCCAACCCAGGGCUGCUUGGCUCCCCAUACUAUUACAGUGCCGCAGCCCGAGGAGCUGCCCCACCGGCCGCAGCCACCGCCUAUGACCGCCACUGA